GCGCCCUGGCGCCGGGGGCGGGCUCGCUGCGCGUGCCGGGCGGGGAGGCGGCGCGAGCCGGGAGCCGGGAACCUUCGCCGCGAGGGCGGCUCGGGGCCUGAGCGGGAGCCGCCGCUGCUUCAACGCGGGGCCGGGCCAGAGACCUUCUCGACGCCCCCGGGUCCGGCGGAAAGUGAGCAAGGAUGAUUGAGGAAAGUGGAAACAAGCGGAAGACCAUGGCAGAGAAGAGGCAGCUGUUCAUAGAAAUGCGUGCUCAGAAUUUUGAUGUCAUACGACUAUCAACAUACAGAACAGCUUGCAAAUUACGAUUUGUACAAAAACGAUGCAACCUUCAUCUUGUUGAUAUCUGGAACAUGAUUGAAGCCUUCCGAGACAAUGGCCUUAACACGCUGGACCAUACCACUGAGAUCAGUGUGUCCCGCCUGGAAACUGUCAUCUCAUCCAUCUACUAUCAGUUGAACAAGCGCCUUCCUUCUACUCACCAAAUCAGCGUGGAACAGUCUAUCAGCCUCCUCCUCAACUUUAUGAUUGCUGCAUAUGACAGUGAGGGCCGAGGCAAGCUGACGGUAUUUUCAGUUAAAGCUAUGUUAGCAACCAUGUGUGGUGGAAAAAUGCUGGACAAAUUGAGAUAUGUUUUCUCCCAGAUGUCAGAUUCCAAUGGCUUAAUGAUAUUUAGCAAGUUUGACCAGUUUCUGAAGGAAGUUCUGAAGCUCCCAACAGCUGUCUUUGAAGGGCCAUCUUUUGGUUACACAGAGCACUCAGUCCGCACCUGUUUUCCACAGCAGAAAAAGAUAAUGCUCAAUAUGUUUUUAGAUACAAUGAUGGCCGACCCUCCUCCCCAGUGCCUUGUCUGGCUACCUCUCAUGCACAGGCUUGCUCAUGUGGAGAAUGUCUUCCAUCCUGUGGAGUGCUCCUAUUGCCGGUGUGAGAGUAUGAUGGGUUUCCGGUACCGAUGCCAGCAGUGCCACAACUAUCAGCUCUGCCAGAAUUGCUUUUGGCGUGGCCAUGCCAGUGGCCCUCACAGCAACCAGCACCAGAUGAAGGAGCAUUCCUCUUGGAAAUCCCCUGCAAAGAAGCUGAGCCAUGCAAUUAGUAAAUCUUUGGGAUGUGUACCCACGAGGGAGCCCCCGCAUCCUGUUUUUCCUGAGCAACCAGAGAAACCACUUGACCUUGCACAUAUAGUUCCUCCUCGCCCUCUGACUAAUAUGAAUGACACUAUGGUUAGCCACAUGUCCUCUGGAGUGCCCACUCCCACCAAGAGGUUACAGUAUAGCCAGGACAUACCCAGUCACUUGGCCGAUGAGCAUGCGCUGAUAGCCUCCUAUGUGGCCCGUCUGCAGCACUGUGCACGUGUUCUGGAUAGUCCUAGCCGACUGGAUGAGGAACACCGGCUUAUAGCUCGCUAUGCUGCCCGGCUGGCUGCAGAAGCAGGAAAUGUGACUCGUCCUCCUACUGACUUGGGCUUUAACUUUGAUGCCAACAAACAACAAAGACAGCUUAUUGCAGAACUGGAAAACAAAAACAGAGAGAUCCUGCAGGAGAUUCAGCGUCUCCGCCUGGAACACGAGCAGGCCUCCCAGCCCACGCCUGAGAAGGCCCAGCAGAACCCCACGCUGCUGGCAGAGCUGCGGCUACUGAGGCAAAGGAAGGAUGAACUGGAACAGCGGAUGUCGGCACUGCAGGAGAGCCGGCGGGAGCUGAUGGUGCAGCUGGAAGGGCUGAUGAAGCUGCUGAAGGAGGAAGAACAAAAGCAGGCAGCUCAGGCCACAGGAUCCCCGCGAACAUCUCCCACUCACGGAGGCGGCCGUCCAAUGCCCAUGCCAGUGCGCUCCGCGUCGGCUGGCUCCACGCCCACCCACUGUCCGCAGGACACGCUGAGCGGAGUUGGGGGAGACGUGCAGGAGGCCUUUGCACAAGGUACGAGGAGGAACCUCCGCAAUGACCUGCUGGUGGCUGCAGACUCCAUCACCAACACCAUGUCAUCCCUGGUGAAGGAGCUCCAUUCAGGCUCAGAUUUCAGUCCAAGUCCGUGACCCGAGUCUGUUGCCUCCGCCACGCCUCGUCUUUGGUCUCACCUGUGACUUCUUUCUCAGCCUCUCCAUCACUCAGCCACUUCAGAGACUUCUCAGAGACCUUUACCUCAUGGCAUGUCACCUUACAUAAAACCAAGGAAAGAGAGAGAAAAUAAAAGGCCAUUCAUGUAUCAUCACAUCUCCAAGAAUCCCCGUGACUCCAUCAGUUACGUAGCUGCCAGAUAUUUACUAAUCAUUUCACAGUGGGGGGAUUUUCAUGUUGUGUAUUAAACAAAUGGCUUCCCUUCCUAAGCACUGUAGUAGUGCUUUUAAAUACCCUGACAUAGCUCAACAGGGUUAUUAAAUAAAUAUAUAAACCAGCUUUUCCAUGGAGCGCUAAAACACGUACUUAUUCAAACAUUCUUAGGAAAGAUGGAAGUUGGAGUUUUUGGGUUUUUUUUUUGAGACAUUCGUAGGAGAAAGCACAUGCCUUUAGGGGAGUUAUGGGACCAGUCAAGGUCUGGCUCACAGCUUUGCUCUCAAGUCUGCCUGUUUUCAUGUAGAAGGGAAUGAGUACAUGGCCUAAGUUGAUCUUUCCAAUUAAGAUGCUGAUUCUCUUGCCCAGGGAGCUUUAUUGUGCCAUUUCUCCAUUCUGGUAGUUUCUUAGCCCCCAUUUCCUAUAGCUCUCCACAGAUGACAGAAAUCCCACAUUAAGAGACUAUCUUAGGGGAUUUCCGGCCUAAUAAUGGAAAUUAACCACACUUGUGCCUUGGGGCCACUUAUUAGGGUUUAUGCACAGUAAGGGGCUCGUGAACUCAUCACUCCAGGCUGAAAGGACACUGGACUUCAUUAAACAUAAGCACAUAGAGACCAAGCAACUUCACAGAUUAAAAAGUUUAGGCAGCUCCCAUCGUAGUUCAGUGGGUAGGGCGCCGGCCACAUACACUGGAGCUGGCAGGUUCAAACCCAGCUGAGAACAUGCUGUCCAUCACGGGGGAAUCUCCAUCCUGUGGAGCCUGGGGCAUCUGUGGCCCCUUGCAUGGGCCCCUGGGAAAGCACCUUCAUCAGCAUCAGCUUUUCCUAAACAGCCACUUUGCGGUCAGUUUUAAGUUUGUCAUCAACUAUAACUGCUGGCUGGGGUUGUUUUUGGGUUUUUGUUUUUUUUUUUUUUUACAGAAACUAGUUUUAAUGUAGGUAUUCCCCCACUGUAUACUUUUACAGCUGCUUUCUUGAAACUGAAUACAAGAUAUUAGAUGUAUCCCUGGUACGUGUCAGCACCUCAGGGAAAAGAAGCAUAGAGUAGAGGCAGAUACGCCAUGCCCCCACCUGGUCCCCAGGGACAUCAGACUGUGCUGCUGCUUGUGGGCUCAGGGCUUAUGGCCCCUAUCCAACAUUGCUGGGGUGUGGACCACACAGGUGCAGGUUGGAUGAAUUUCAGCACCCCUGGAAGCCUGCAGCUUUAGCUGGGAUUUCAUCCCAGGCCUCAGAAGUUCCCCUCUUUCUAUGCUUGUGACACUGAAGGGUCACUGGCCUCAUUGGACUUGU